GCUCUGACCCUCUACGAUAUUGCUCAUACGCCCAGAGUGGCCGCUGAUCUGAGCCACAUCGAGACCAGGGCAACCGUGAAAGGCUACCUCGGACCUGAGCAGCUGCCAGAUUGCCUGAAAGGCUGCGAUGUGGUGGUUAUUCCAGCAGGAGUCCCGAGAAAACCAGGCAUGACCCAGGAUGACCUGUUUAACACGAAUGCCUCCAUUGUGGCCACCUUGUGGGCUGCCUGUGCCCAGCACUGCCCCGAGGCCAUGAUCUGCAUCAUUUCCAAUCCGGUGAACUCCACCAUCCCAAUCGCAAGGGAAGUUUUCAAGAAACACGGAGUCUACAACCCCAAUAAAAUCUUCGGGGUGAUGACCCUGGACAUUGUCAGAGCCAACACUUUCAUUGUGGAACUCAAGGGUUUGGAUCCCGCUCGAGUCAAUGUUCCUGUCAUUGGCGGCCAUGCUGGGAAGACCAUCAUCCCCCUGAUCUCGCAGUGCACUCCCAAGGUGGACCUUCCCCAGGCCCAGCUAACAGCCAUCACUGGGCAGAUCCAGGAGGCCAGCACAGAGGUGGUGAAGGCCAAAGCUGGAGCAGGCUCGGCCACCCUGUCCAUGGCAUACACCGGAGCCCAGUUUCUCUUCUCCCUUGUGGAUGUGAUGAACGGAAAGGAAGGAGUUGUGGAGUGUUCCUUCGUUAAGUCCCAAGAAGCAGACUGUGCCUAUUUCUCCACCCCGUUACUGCUGGGGGAAAAGGGCACUGAGAAGAAUCUAGGCAUCGGCAAGAUCUCCCCUUUCGGAGAGAAGAUGAUAGCGGAAGCCAUCCCCGAGCUGAAGGCCUCCAUCAAGAAGGGAGAGGAGUUCAUGAAAAACAUGAAAUGAGAGG